UAGGUGUGUGGGUUUCUAUCCAUUAUUUCAGUGGCAUUGAAGCAAGAAGAUAAUGUUAGUUUGUAGGACAUUUGUACAACAAAGGUGACUUGUUGGGAACAGUAAGAUAUUGAAAAUUACUUUUAGUCGAAAGGUUUAUCAUUACAUUUUAGUUUAUUUUAGUAUUUCUUAAUACGGCACUAGUUUUUUUUGUAAUAUUGGAUGAUACAACCAAUUCCAAUUUAAUUCAAAUUGUCAUGGUUGCAAUAACACUCCACCCUUGGCAGGAUGUUUUUAUUUUGUCUUGGUGUGCCACUGCCCAAAUUCAAAUUUUAAAUGUAUAAAACAAAGCUUUCAAAAUAUUUAUUUUCCUCUAAAUGUGUAAAAUUUUCUACAAUUUUCCUGAAGAAUUACUGAAAUCACAGAGGUUUUUAGCACACACAUUUAAUCAGUAACCCUGUGCAACCCAACCUAACACCCGCCCAUAACACUGCUGCGUUGAGUUGAUAAGAGAACACCUUUGGGCCAGGGAUUUAUUAAAUUACAAUUCGGUCACGUGAAGAGCUUCUGCCAGGGAUGCACGGUUAUCCAAUCGGAUAAUAGACUUCACGUGAUAUCCACGUUGACGUCAUCACGCACAAGGAACUAAAUCUGCAGAGGAAACUGUAAAAAGUAUGGCUGCUAAGGUUACUGUGACCAAAAGAGCUGAUCCAGCAGAGUUGAAGUCUAUAUUUUUAAAGUAUGCAACGAUUCAGAAGAAUGGGGACAGUUUUAUGUCGCCUGAAGAUUUUCUCUCACGGUUUCUUCAUGCACACACAGACAUUAGGCUGAGUGAGAAGACAGUGGAACUCCUGGCAGGGGUGGUGGACCAAACAAAAGAUGGGUUGAUUUCAUUUCAAGAAUUCCUUGCAUUUGAGUCGGUAUUGUGUGCACCAGAUGCAUUGUUUAUGGUAGCAUUCCAACUGUUUGAUAAAACUGGAAAAGGAGAAACCACUUUUGAGGAUGUCAAGCACGUUUUUAGCCAGACCACAAUUCAUCAGCACAUUCCAUUUAACUGGGACUCUGAGUUUAUGCAGCUGCACUUUGGCAAAGAGAGAAAGAAGCUCCUGACAUAUGCCGAGUUCACGCAGUUCCUUCUGGAAAUGCAGCUUGAACAUGCAAGACAAGCUUUCAUCCAGAGGGACAAAGCCAGGAAGGGAACCAUUGCAGCUUUGGACUUCAGGGACAUCAUGAUCACUAUCCGGCCCCACAUGUUGACACCAUUUGUAGAGGAGUGCCUCGUAGCGGCUGCCGGAGGUUCUACUUCUCAUCAGGUCAGCUUUUCCUACUUUAAUGGGUUUAACUCUCUGCUUAACAACAUGGAGCUCAUUAGGAAGAUCUACAGUACUCUGGCCGGUACUAGAAAAGAUGUUGAAGUCACUAAAGAGGAGUUUAUUCUAGCUGCACAGAAGUUUGGCCAGGUGACCCCAAUGGAAGUGGACAUCCUUUUUCAAUUGGCAGACUUAUCAGAGUCGCGUGGGCGUGUUGGAUUAGCAGACAUUGAAAGAAUUGCGCCAUUAGAGGAAGGAGCUCUCCCCUAUAACUUGGCAGAGGCUCAGAGACAGCAGUCUGCAGGUGAUGUGCCUCGACCGAUUCUGAUCCAGGUAGCGGAGUCAGCCUACAGGUUCGGUCUUGGUUCAGUUGCUGGAGCGGUUGGUGCUACUGCCGUUUAUCCAAUUGACCUGGUGAAAACUCGUAUGCAGAACCAGCGCACUUCAGGGUCUUUUGUGGGAGAACUUAUGUACAAGAAUAGCUUUGAUUGCUUCAAGAAAGUACUGCGGUACGAAGGCUGCUUCGGGCUCUAUAGAGGUCUUCUACCACAGCUCCUGGGUGUGGCACCAGAGAAAGCUAUAAAACUUACAGUGAAUGACUUUGUCAGAGGAAAAAGUGCUCAGAAAGAUGGCUCUGUUCCACUCUUUGCAGAAAUUUUGGCUGGUGGUUGCGCUGGAGGCUCCCAGGUGGUUUUCACCAAUCCGCUGGAGAUUGUGAAGAUCCGACUGCAGGUGGCUGGAGAGAUCACCACGGGUCCUCGUGUCAGUGCGCUGUCUGUCAUACGGGAUCUGGGAUUCUUUGGGCUUUACAAGGGUGCAAAGGCCUGCUUUUUGCGUGACGUCCCUUUCUCUGCCAUUUACUUCCCUUGUUACGCUCACAUUAAAGCAGCUUUUGCUGAUGAGGAUGGACGAGUAGGCCCUGGAAGUCUGCUCCUGGCGGGGUCCUUGGCUGGUAUGCCUGCAGCCUCCUUGGUGACACCAGCUGAUGUUAUCAAGACCAGGUUACAAGUGGCCGCUCGUGCUGGACAGACCUCUUACACUGGAGUGAUUGACUGCUUCCGGAAGAUUCUUCGAGAAGAAGGCCCGAGGGCUUUUUGGAAAGGAGCUGGAGCCCGUGUGUGCCGCUCCUCGCCCCAGUUCGGUGUCACGCUGCUGACUUAUGAGCUGCUUCAGAGAUGGUUCUAUGUUGAUUUUGGGGGAAAAAAACCAUCUGGUUCAGAGCCCCAUCCUAAAUCUCGCAUUAGCCUACCGGCACCCAAUCCAGACCAUAUUGGAGGUUAUAAGUUGGCCGUGGCUACGUUUGCUGGGAUCGAGAGUAAAUUUGGACUCCAUCUGCCACGGUUUACUGCGCAAGCACAUACCUCACCUGCAGUCGCAGCCUCAGCUCAGUCUUAAUGACUCAAACACAGUGAGCCCUCCCAUAGCUGAUCAACUUAGGAUUUCUUGUUGUGGCUUUAAAGUGCUUCCUUUUAAACAUAUAUUAUUGUAAGUAUUAUUGUGAUAUCCAAACUGAUAAGGAACCAGUAAGUAGUCGUAUACAGUAUCCAUUUCUCUAAGCAUCCUCUAUAAAGAGGAAUGAUCUUAUGUUUCAGUAAAUCUGUCAUCGUUGCACUUCCAACACAAUCUUAAACAGUUUGAGAUACAGACUUAAUAUUUAUUUGGUUAAUAGAAACCCUAUUUAAUUUCCUGGUUAACUUGAUCGCUGACCAUUCCACAAAGAUCGUGAACAUCCUAGGCUUCCUUCCAUUGGGCCUGCAUGUAUGACAUUAACUUUUGAUGAGGACUAUUAUUCUCUAGGUUACAUGUGUAACAUGUGCUUCUCUCGUAAGAUGAGUAUCACGUCACUGAAGUAAUCAAAACUUGGGGAAACCACUGGUUCAAUUUUUUGUUAACUUUCCAUGCACGUUUAUCACAAGGUUACCAACACCUGAUUGGCUGUUUUAUCUUGGGAACAAUGCUCCUAAAAUGUAGUUUGGUUUGGACAGUAGUCAGGGUAUUCCACAUUACACACGUUCACUGCGUUCACAACCCUGUUAACUGUUAUAUCAGCAUGUUUUUUUGUUUUUUUGGACACCCAUUUUGUCAUGGUUAAUUUGUUUUUCGUAGAGAAGUGUUUUGUAUCAGAAUUUAUGGGAUUAUGUUCAUCCUUUCACAAAAUAAUAGAUUGAAAUUCAAAUAAUGGGUCGGAGUGAGAUUAUAUUUAUUCCAUUCAAUUAUAAUUUUUUUUUUUUUUUAACACUCAGGUCUUUCCUCACUGAAUGUGAUUCUAGAUUAUUAUACGACUACAAUGUUUAAAUGUUUGGAGUGUGUGUAGAGCAGUUAGACUUGUGAGUGUAUUUUACCCUUGUUCCUUGGGUUGCAAAUUAAAUGACCAAACAUUUUAAUAAACACAAAUGUGAAUAAUCUUACCUUUUUUCUGAUAACUGGUGUAUGUGUUUUGUUCUCAGAUUUUUUUACAUACAAGGCCAACAAAAUGAUUCCAGAAAAUCUUACCUAAUAUGUAUUACAGUAGUCUCCGGAUAAGAGACCACCCCUUGGGAAGCAAGCAAAGUGUUCUCCAAGACGGAGUUAGCCACCAAACACAAUAUGAAUCAAUAAAUAAAUGAAUACAUAUGUAUUACUUGUCAUGACAAACGUGCAUCAACAUAUGCAAUUAACUGAAUACGUAAAAGCAAAACAAUAGGCAAGUGUACGUUAAUAAACUAUAAUAAUAAAGUAACAGACAAACUAACGUUAAUAAACUAAAGCAAAACGUGGUCAAAAAGCUUAAAUCGCUAUGUACUAUGAAAUUUCAAUUAAAAUUACAAUUAAAAAGGUGUGUUUCGGGCUAUCGCAGCACCUUAUUUAACAGAAUGGUGAAGAAACUCACCAGAACAGGAAACACCAAAUUGCUCGACGACUUGUGUCUGAUUCUUUUUUUUUUUUUUUUUCAAUGUCUCCAACAAUUUCCAACUUUGUGUAGCGAGAGAAACCGCUGCGCAUUUUGCUGUUUGUUUACAUGCCAUUUUGUAGCGAUGAGGAGCACUCGUGGAAAUCAGAAUACAAAACAAUUCAAUGAUAUGACGGCGGUUCUAUAAAGAUUUAAUAAACCAGUCCGUGUCCCUCAAGACACUCUCGCAAAGACAAGUUUUUUUUUUUUUACAAAACCGUACUGUAUCCAUGGUGAACGAAUUGCUAUCACUGCAAAGAAGGUAUUGCUGUAUACAAUAAAAGAAAUACAAUACAACCUUUUUUUUUUUUUUUAAAUACCAAAAUAUAGCAAAAAGAAAUUUGGACAAACACAUUGCUGUCACCAGAGCUGUUUAUUACAUGUUGCUUGGCGCCAAGUUUGUGAGAUGUUCCAGUCUGUUUGUUUCCUCCUGUGUCUCUAUUAAAUUAUAAAUUCCACACUUCUGUAUUGCAGAUAAAUGAGUUAAAAUGAUUUAUAAACAGAAUGUAUUUUGCUCUUUAGUGUCAUUAUCAUUUUUUUUAUUAUUAUUGAGAAUGUAAUCCUUAUUAUUUUAGACCAGGGAAUUGUUGUAUAAUAUGACUUUUAUUGUACAAGACAACAUUAACUGCUGUGAGAUUUGGGUUAGGAAAAUAGUUUUUUCUUGCUGCUUAUUUUAAAAAAAAAUGUUGUAUGUUUGUACUGAAUCAUUGUUAAUACUGAAUCACUGGUAAUAGGUAUAUGUGUGUUUUAUUUAUACAGAGUUGAAUAUAGAAUGUUAUUAAUUAAUGUGCAAUCUGUGUAAAUCACAGUGCCUUACAGUAUGUUUGGCAACUGAAAGGACAAGUGUGUGUUCCAUUGGAGACGAUCAUGUUAGAAAUGUACUAAAUUUUACAUGUACUGAAUGUAAAAAGGCUGGACUAUUUGUGUUAAUAAAAUAUUAAGUGUUA